AUGUUUCUUAAUCCUUUAAGUCUUUAUGUGUCAUCUAUCAGUAUAAUCUAUUACAUUUUUAAAGUUUUUAAUUUGUUUAUAAAUCACCUUAGAAAAUUAUACGAGAAUCAGUUUAUUAAAAAUAUUAAACGUAACAAAGUAAUUUGUGAUGGUGAUGUGAAAAACCAGACAAUUAACGAUAAAAGUAACUCUAAAAAGAAUUUUAAUAAGAUAAUUUACUUAUUUUACACUUCUUUUGGAGGAUGGUUCCUACAUUAUAUUCCGUUUUUUAUAGUAGGACGAGUAUUAUACCUUCAUCACUAUUUCCAAGCCUAUUACUUUUCAUUAUUUGCAACAAUAAUUUUAAUGAAAAAAUUAAAGUUAAUAUACUUUGCACUUUAUACAGGAUUGGUAAUUAUUGUUUAUAUUUUAUACUCACCGCUAACAUAUGGCUUUUAUGAUCAAGAUAAAGUAAGAUUCCUGUCAAUCAUACCAACAUGGAAUUUUGUAGAUAAAAAAUAA